AUGGAUUUUUCAAGACAUAUCAUUUUUUUUCAGGUGACUUUCUAUGAGGACAGGAACUUUCAGGGUCGUUCCUGGGAGUGCAUGGGAGAUCAUGCUGACUUCACCUCCCACCUCAGCCGCUGCCAAUCCUUCAGAGUGGAGAAUGGUUGCUGGAUGAUGUACGACCAGCCCAACUACAUGGGAAACCAGUACUUCAUGAGGAGGGGCGAGAACCCUGACUACAUGAACACGUGGGGUUGGAACAACUCUAUCCAUUCCUGCCGUCAUAUCCCCAUGCACAGAGGAAAUUACAGAGUGAGGAUCUAUGAGAGGGAGAACUUCGGUGGUCAGAUGCAUGAGUGUACGGAUGACUGUGACAACAUGCAGGAUCGCUACCGUAUGAACCACUGCAUGUCUUGCAACGUGAUGGAUGGCCACUGGCUCAUGCAUGAGCAUCCCAACUACAGAGGAAAAAUGUGGUACUUCCCUCCUGGAGAGUACAGAAACUGGAGGAACUUCGGAAACCCCAACAUGAGAUUCAGUAGCAUGAGGCGUAUUCUGGAUUCUUGGUACUAAGA